GGAGGCCGAACUUCGGAAGCGAAGUGUCUCUCUGUGUCUCUGGUCUCACCCCUGCCCAGCCUCUGCCGCCGCCGCCUCCGCCUCCGCCUCCGCCUCCGCCUCCGCCUAUGAGCAGCAGAACCAAAAACUUCCGCCGCCGUGCGGACGACGAAGACAACGACGACGACACACCCAAUGGCACUGUUCCCCCCUCGACCUCCUCCACCAGAACAUCAAAAUCCACCACCGCCACCACCAAACCCAAAAAGCCCACAACCCCCCACCACCAAGCCCCCAAAAAACUCCUCAGCUUCGCCCAAGACGACGACGAAGACGACUCCCCCGUCUCCCGUCCCCUCUCCAAAUCCAAACCCUCCUCCUCCUCCUCUUCUCGCCUCAACAACAACAACAACAAACCCUCCUCCUCCUCUUCCCACAAGCACACCUCCUCCAAAGAUCGCCCUCCCCCUCCCCCCUCCAACGUCCAACCCCUCUCCGGCACCUACACCCCCGAAGCCCUCCUCGAGCUCCGCAAAAACACCAGAACCCUAGUCCCCUCCUCCUCCUCCCACCACCGCCCUCCCCCCUCCGAACCCGUCGUCCUCUUGAAAGGCCUCGUCAAGCCAGUUUCCGAAACCCUAAAACAAGCCGACGAAUUGGACCGCAACGACGACGACCGAGAAGAAGAAGCAACCACGGCCCAAUUGGCCGGGAUAGGGCUGGGGAAUUCGUUCCCCGAUCAAGCGACGAUAAACGCGAUCCGAGCCAGGAGGGAGCGGCAGCGACAGUCGCGGGCUGCCGCGCCGGAUUUUAUAUCCUUGGACGGGGGGAGUAAUCACGGGGAGGCGGAGGGGUUGAGCGACGAGGAGCCCGAGUUUCGCGGGAGGAUAGGGUUUUUCGGGGAUAGAAUCGAGAAGAAGAAGGGUGUAUUUGAUAACGAUGAUGGUGUUGGUGAGAGGGUUGUGGCCAUGGAGGGUGUUGGGUUUAGGAAGGAAGUUGUUGACGAGGAAGAGGAGGAGGAUAAGAUUUGGGAGGAAGAGCAGUUUAGGAAAGGGUUAGGGAAGAGAAUGGAUGAGGCUUCAUCUAGUGGUGGUAGGGUGGUAGGGACUAGUAGUAAUAGUGUGGCUUUGCCAGUUGUAGCUCAGAGCAUUAUUCCGCAACAAAAGUACGCGUACGCUCCCGCAGUAGCUUCGUAUCCUUCGGUCCCGAGCAUUGGAGGAGUGGUCGGUGAAUUGCCGGGAUUGGAAGUGAUGUCGAUACCGCAGCAGGCUGAGGUUGCUAAGAAAGCUUUGCACGACAACCUUAAGAGGAUGAAGGAAUCCCAUGGCAGAACCAUGGCAUCAUUGGAUAGGAAUGAUGAGAACUUGACCACCUCGCUGUUGAAAGUCACUGCUCUUGAGAAAUCUUUAUCUGCCGCUGGUGAGAGGUUCAUCUUUAUGCAAAAGCUUCGUGACUUUGUUUCUGUUAUAUGUGACUUUUUGCAGCAUAAAGCUCCUUUCAUAGAGGAACUUGAAGAGCAGAUGCAGAAACUAAAUGAAGAUCGUGCAGCAGCAAUCUUGAAAAGACGAUCUUCUGAUAACGAUGAUGAAAUGCUUGAAUUGGAAGCAGCUAUAAAUGCGGCAAUGUCAGUAUUCAGUAAAGGUGGUGGCAGUGCUGCUAUGAUUGAAGUGGCUACAAGGGAAGCUAAGGCUGCAUCUUCAGCAACAAAAGAACAGAGAAAUCUUCCGGUGGAGCUAGAUGAAUUUGGUAGAGAUACAAACCUGCAGAAACGGAUGGAUAUGACUAGAAGAGCUGACGUACGACGGACCAGAACAGCUCGAUCAGAUGCUAAAAGACUAUCAUCCAUGGGAAGUGAUGGUCCCUAUCAGCAAAUAGAAGGGGAAUCAAGUACUGAUGAGAGUGAUAGUGAGACUGCUGCGUAUGAGUCAAACCGUGAUUUGUUGCUUCAGACUGCGGAACAGGUUUUCAGUGAUGCAGCUGAGGAAUAUUCUCAACUUGCUGUGGUUAUAGAAAGGUUUGAUAGUUGGAAAAAGGAUUAUCCUUCAAGUUACCGCGAUGCUUAUAUGUCACUAAGUGUACCUGCUAUCUUCUCUCCAUAUGUAAGAUUGGAGCUUCUAAAGUGGGACCCACUUCACGAAGAUACGGACUUCAUUGAUAUGAAUUGGCAUUCGUUGCUUUACAGUUAUGGUAUUGAAGAUGAAAAUGACAUCAGCCCUGAUGAUGAUGAUGCUAACCUUGUUCCUCAACUGGUGGAGAAAGUUGCAGUUCCUAUUUUGCAUCAUGAGAUAGCUCACUGUUGGGAUAUGCUGAGUACCCAUGAGACGAGGAAUGCUGUCUUGGCCACCGAGUUGGUCGUCAGAUAUGUUCCUGCGUCCAGCGAGUCUCUCAUUGAAUUAGUAGCAGUUCUUCAUGACCAUCUAGCUGAUGCUAUUGCUGACCUUGCGGUCCCAACAUGGAGCCCACUUGUACUGAAGGCUGUGCCGAAUGCUGCACGGGUGGCAGCAUAUAGGUUUGGCAGAUCUGUUCGUUUGAUGAGGAACAUAUGCAUGUGGAACAAGAUUAUUGCAUUGCCUGUUCUCGAGAGGCUUGUUCUUGAUGACCUUUUGAGUGGAAAAGUUCUUCCUCAUCUACGAAGCAUCCAAUCAAAUGUUCAUGAUGCAGUCACGAGAAGUGAAAGGGUAAUUGCUUCCUUAUGUGGAGUAUGGGCAGGUCCAAGUGCCGCUGGGCAGCGCAGCCCAAAAUUGCAGCCACUGGUGGACUACUUGCUGACACUAGAGAGGACACUGCAGAAAAAGCAUGUUUCAGGGGUGAGUGAGGGGGAGACUAGUGGACUUGCUCGUCGAUUGAAGAAGAUGCUGGUUGAGCUCAACGAAUAUGACCAUGCCAGGGCAAUAUCUAGAACCUUCAAUCUCAAGGAGGCACUAUGAUCUCUCUCUUACGACCAUGCCAGGGCAAUAUCGAGAACCUUCAAUCUCAAGGAGGCACUAUAAUCUCUCUCUCUCUCUCUCUCUCUCUCUCUCUCUCUCUCUCUCUCUCUCUCCGGUAAUGCCGCUUCUAGAACACUGAUUCGCUAUUGUAAUCGUCUGGAACACGGUACAUGAUUGGGAUAGAAAUCCAAUAAGUAGUAAAAUUGUGUUACGUGUUUGGCAGCCA